CAAAUUAUUUACACGGUGCCUUUUAAUGACACGGACCAGAAGCAACGUCUGAAAGCUGUUUUGUUCUGUACGUAAACUAUACUCUUGUUGCAUAUCUUCGAAUACGAAAUGGUCAGAUACAGCAAAUGUCACUACAAAAGAACAAAUCUGCCAACACUUCCCUCCAAAGACAUUUGAUCAAGUUCACCAUUGCUAAUUCCUUUAGAUACUGUCUUUGCCUAAUUCCUAUACUUCCAAGAAACCUCAUCACACGAGAGCCUGAAGCGGCUCACGAGGGAACGAUGAUGCGUUACUGGGGCGAGAUCCCCGGGCCGGCAGGCGCCCCACCGAGCCGCAGCUCUUUCGACCUGCUCCAGCGCGAGUUCCGCUCGGUGGAGAUGCAGGACCCCCCUCUGCACCAGCCCUCGGCCCAGCGGCCCCGGCCCACCACCAUGCUGGACAUUCCCUCUGAGCCCUGCAGUCUCACCAUCCACACAGUGCAGCUAUGCCAGCACACCCGACGCCUCCGCAGCCUCCUGGCUGCAGCCCAGGGGAAAGGUCUGGUCCCCUCAGAGGGCGGUGGUGCUGGAGGAAGUAGCAGGCUGGAGGAAGGGGAGGCUCUGCCCCCAAGGCCACCCACACCGCCGGCCGCCCCCGAUGACCUGCUGCCCCUGGACAGCAAGGCACCCUGGCAGCCCUUCCAGCUCUGCCACAGCGACCCUGAGAGUGACUUUUACAUGGGAAAAGGUGAGCCCGUCACAGAGCUGAGCUGGCCCUCGUGCCGACAGCUCCUGUACCAGUCAGUGGCCACAGUCCUGGCCCACGCCGGCUUCGAGUCGGCCCAGGAGAGCGUGCUGGAGACCCUGACUGACCUGGCCCACGAGCACUACCUGCGCCUCAGCCGACUGCUGCGCACGGCCGCGGACCGCGAGGCCCGCCUGGGCGCCACACCUUUCCCGGAUGUGGUAGAGCAGGUGUUCCACGAGGUGGGCAUCGGCAGCGUGCUGGCCCUGCAGCGCUUCUGGCAGGUGCGCAUCAAGGACUACCACAGCCACAUGCUCCAGGUCAGCAAGGAGCUGUCGGAGGAGUAUGAGCGGCUGGUGAACCCUGAGAAGGCCCUGGAGGACUCCAAGCCCCCGCGGAUCAAAGAGGAACCAAUGAAUGACAUUGCCUUCCCCGUCAGCGAGGAGCCAGAGGCGGACCAGGCCUCUGGGGAUCAGGCCCUCCCCAUGGGGGUUCUGGGGGCCCCAAACGAGAGGCUGGCUGGGGGCCUGGAGGGGGAACACUCACCACACACCUCAGGCAGUGGAGUUGCCAUCAGCUCCCCCUUGUGGCACCUGUCGCAGGUGAAGAUGGAGCCCCAGGACAGCGAAGAGGGCCAGGUGUCAGGCCACGGGGUACUGGGAGGUGAUGUGUUCGAGGAGGGAGGACCCAUGUCCACCAUGAGCGAGGCAGACGGCAUGGCGCCCUCGCCCGGAGGGGCGGCGUCGGACGGCAGCUACGCCUCGCACUCUCCCGACUCACUCAUGAGCACGUCACCCGUCUUCAACCAGAGGCCCAGGAAGCGCAUGAAGAAGAUAUGAGGAGCCUCAGACUCGCGGAGGUAGCCAUUUUGUGUCAAGGUCACAUGGGCACAUCGUGGCGAUAUGAAACAUUGCAAGGUUGCAAACAAAUUCCUAUGCCGUUGUCCAUUUUCCCCGAACAGAUCUGAAAGUAUUGGAUAGGUCUCAGCACGAGGGCCAUGCGCGCUAGUUGGUGGCAGAACAUGGGAGUUAUUCUAGAAUGCCAGUAAAAAAAAAGACUAUUUACAUGUUGCUUAUGAAUGCAUUUCACACUACUUUUGGAUUAUAAUUGGAUUUUAAGGCUCAUGUGAAUGUCCUGCUUUAUAUAAUAUGUGUGUCAUCAUCGCAAAUCAACUGCAUUAUACGUAAAAAAAAAAAAACACUUAACCUUCAACCAGUAAAA